AUGCAUUCCUUGGCUCAUCACAGCAACCAACAGUUACAAUAUAUUCAAUUGCAACAGCAGGUUUCGGCCUUGGCAACCCCGAACCCGUUGAAUGUGGGCGGUGCAACAAAUCUCCACGGAAUUCCCAUGGGCGGUGACCCUUGGGGAACCGGCGCAGGCGCACCAAUGAACUUGCCAAUACAGCGCCAACAAAAUUUGGAUCAACUGGAAGAAGAAAAAAUCUAUUCCUUGAUAACCGGGUUAACAAAUCCGGCAAGCCGCGAGGCAGCCUUGGCGGAACUUAGUAAGAAGCGAGAACAGUAUGAUAACUUGGCCUUGAUAUUAUGGCAUUCUUUUGGUGUAAUGGCGGCACUAUUGCAGGAAAUAGUUUCUGUGUAUCCCCUUCUUUCCCCACCAGCACUUACGACCCAAAUAUCGAACCGGGUUUGCAAUGCUUUGGCCCUAUUUCAGUGUGUCGCUAGUCACAAUGAAACCCGAGGAUUAUUCCUUAGUGCCCAUAUUCCAUUGUUCCUGUAUCCAUUUCUCAACACAACAAGCAAGGCAAGGCCGUUCGAAUAUCUCAGGUUAACCAGCCUGGGUGUCAUCGGUGCUCUCGUUAAGAAUGACAAUCCCGAUGUGAUUUCUUUUCUUCUGUCCACCGAAAUCAUACCACUUUGUCUACGUAUCAUGGAAACUGGUAACGAACUUUCUAAAACGGUGGCCAUUUUUAUAGUGCAAAAAAUUUUGUUGGACGAGAUGGGUUUGGCAUAUAUCUGCGCGACGUACGAGCGAUUUUACGCUGUGGGAACCGUUUUGAGCAACAUGACAAUCCAAGGUAAACUUGGUCACAAUCAUAAUCGACUGGUGUUUCGCGAUUCUGAUUCAGAUGUCGUUCGUUGCCUUGGUGAUCAAUUUCUAACCACUAUAAUUGAUUCGACAAAUCCCAGAGCACGAGAGGCUCUUCGUCAAUGUCUACCAGAACCUCUUCGUGAUGCCACAUUUUCGCAAGUUCUGAAAGAUGACAUAGGUACUAAAAGAUGCUUGGCCGCUCUUCUCGUUAAUCUCUCUGACAACCGGGAAAUAGGAGAACCUGUGUAUCGCCAUGGAUGUAAGAAUGCAUUCGACUCCCACGGGUUCAACGGGAAUACACAAAAUGCGAAUGAUGACACGAACCUCUUUGAUCGUUGUGCUAUCGGUCAAGAUCAUAGUCAGUCGAUCUAUGCCGAGUCCCCAACCGGCCCUGUAAGUCGCAAAGUCACAAUCAGGAAUCUUCUUUGUGACCUCGCAUCGUAG